AUGGUGUCAGCGUCAGAGCUAGCAGCCAGGGCGAACCGGGAGGAGCAGACAGAAAGAGCAUACCGGAUACAGAUCGAGGGUGGUCUGCAGGGUGCGCUGAGAUGGACCAUGUACGGAGCGGCGGUGGUGACACUUGCGCAUUUCACUUGGCCACUCUUCAGCCGGCAAACACUUGCGAUAAAAGGCUUCCUCGUCUCCUCCUCCUCAAUCUUCGGCCUCGUCGUCGGCGCCGACUCACAUCUCUUCAAAUACGAGCACGAACUGCGGAUGCAGGAAAAUGAGGUGCGGAAGUACGCUCGGAACGCGCUGGCGAUGGAGGGGAAGAUUGCGACGGAGAGGGAGAUAGGGGAGUGGAGGAUGAAGAAUGAGUCGAGGGUGAUGAAGGAGAUCGAGGAGAGGAGGGCAGCAAGAAGAGCAGCCGCGGAGGAGUAG